GUCAUCAUACCGUUCGCUCGUUCGUUCGCUAUUCAGUGGUAGCUUUGCUUUUGCCCAUUUCAAGCAUUUGCUGAUUUGGUCUAUUUUGGGUGGAAGUUUUGGUAUGAUUAUGACAUGUAGUGUGAGGUGAAUGUUACUACUAGUAGUACUAUUGUGCAGGGCGUGAAGUCGAGUACCAGAAUUCUUGAUCUCACCAUCUCUAGCUCUGUCGUGACCCUGACUCUGCUCCAAGCUACAUUAUUUACACGUGCAACGCCUGUACCUUUUUUGAUUUUUUUUCUUUUACAAGUUUCAGUCAUUUCAAGAAGGGACAAAAAAUAUUAAUUACUUUAGUGUCUCCUCUACUAGUAUACUGCUGGUUCUAUCCAUCCAGUGUAGCGAUUUCAGUCACUGGCUUGCAAGAUGGCCGGUGCUCUACUACGAUGGACUAGUCGCACGUUCGCUAUCAGGACACCGAGGCAUACACGCACGAUCGCCACGCCGAGCAACCCGUUCCUGGAGGGUAGCUCACGCACGGUGAUCGAGACAGCGUCGUACGAUGGAACCCACCCGCUGGUGCAUGCGUACAGUCCAGUCGGCUUCACGAUCAGCUCGCGGCGAGUAUUCGGCCCGGUGUGCCUUCUACCGAACUGCUUCAUGCAGUGGAAGGUAAUGAGAAAGGAGGACAUCACACCCGAGUCUCUGGUCAUCUAUCCACUGCUAUAUCCAAAGAUAGAAGUCUUGAUCAUCGGACUUGGUGACCGCGUCAGCCGUUUGGAUCCAAGCAUCAAGGAACGACUGCUUGCCGAGGGAAUUGCUGUGGACGCUAUGGACACGCCUAACGCUUGCUCCACGUAUAACUACAUUGCCACGGAGGGACGCAAAGUCGGUGCUGCUCUCAUCCCGGUGACCAAAGUCCUGUAGAAACGCGGUGAGAAAAGGAGUCAUUCAUGGCUACAUCAAGCCGCGUGUUCUCAGUCAAGUGGAUGGUCAAGUAACAACAUGGCCUCCCCUGCUUGCCUUGCUCCCUGUGCAAACAAUGACCUGGCACGACCAACAUACUGGAGCCUGUAUGAGCUGGCAUGGUCACUUAUUGGCACUUGCCCAGACUGGAACUUGAAGCGGGCCCAACAACUGAACGGAGCACGCACACCGUGACUGCAGUGAUUUGCACCGGGCAGCUGCACACAGGGACCCCAUCACGCCACAUUGGAGAUGCAGUACUUAGUACUAUCCCACGACUGCGGUGCUCAUCUAUCUGAUCUCAUUCUCAAAUAAACUUUGAGGAAAAAAGAAGAAUCAGUAGGCUGUAGCACGAAGUCUGCCUCUACAUUAUAACCACCAGAGCAACUCAAGACUGAAUUUCAAUAGCAUUGUGUAUCUUCUAUGAAGCACAUUGUGAAAUCCGUGUGACUUUGUCAAGAAGCAGAUUUUGUUUGCAUUUUUGAUUUUGCAUCUGGAGCAACAAACUUUAGUGUUGGAAUUGAAUAUUGACAAGUUCAUUUUUACCUUUAAUACCACGUCUCAUUCUGCAUGCAUAGGUCACUGGUCAUGAGGGGUGAUGCACACAGUCAGUCACAGUGACUCAUUGCUUGUAGCAGUAUCCAUAAUUGCUUUCACAGUUUGAAACUUUGAUGGAGCAAACCAGAUUAUUCAGCUAAGCAAGCUUCUCACUCACCAUGCUCACCAGAUUUUUUAGUACUACAGACAGUACAGUUAUAACGUUACAGUACUCCCUGAUGCUCA